AAGUUUUCUGAAAAUAUUAAAAAUGUUAUUUUUAUCAAGUCGCCAAUUAUUUUCACGCGUAUUUAAUAACAAUAAUAAUCGAUUUAUCAAAUACCUUUACAAUGUAAGAUUAAAAACAUAUUCAGAUAAAAAAGAGAGCGACAAAGAAAAAUCAACAAAAAUGGAAAUUGCUGUUCUUAACAAGUUUUCCGAGUCACUAGAAAUUGAACGUGUUGAUUUUCCAAAAAUAUCACAUUCUGAAGAGGUUAUUAUUGAUGUAAAUUAUUGUGCAUUAAAUGGGUUGGAUGUACUUCUCUGUGAAAACCUAUAUUCAUAUGAACAAAAUUUACCAUUUAUACCUGGGUAUGAAAUAGCUGGUAAAUUAAUUGAAGUUGGUGAAAAAGCUGGAAAAGCAGGUUAUAAUGUAGGGGAUAAAGUUGUUGCACUAAAUAAAAAACGAUUUGGUGGAUUAGCUGAACGAUGUGUUGCAGAAAUGAGCGAUGUUUGGAAAAUAUCUACCUCUAUUAAAUCAGUUGAUGCUGUGUGUCUGUUAGAAAACUAUAUGACAGCAUUAAUUGGAUUAGAACAAUUUGGAUGUAUUUCAGAAAAUGAUAUGGUUCUUGUCAAUGUAGGUAUUGGUGGAAUUGGACUGUCAGCAGUUGAUAUUGCUGCAAAUAUCUUCAAAGCUAAAGUACUUGGAGUAGGAUUUUCAGAAGAUAGAGCUGAUGAAAUAAGAAAUAGAGGUGCAUUUCAUGCUUUUACUUACAAGGAGAAAAAGCUAAUAAAUGAAAUAAAAAAUAUUGCACAAGAACGUGAUAUCAAAAAUAUUUUUGAAGGUGAUAGUGGUGAGAAUUUUAAGAAAGUUCUUAAUAGUUUCAUGAAUGUGUAUAAAUCGAAAACUCCUUCUAAAAGCAUAUUACGAGAUGAUAAUUUUGGAGUGGUUGUUCAACAUCUAUCUUAUGAAGGUAGAAUUAUAAUUGCCGGAGUAGCCGACGUAAAUUUGAAAAUAAAUGGAAAAGAAAACGAUAAUGCAUUUGUCAUUACUGGUGUCAAUCUUAGGGAUUAUAAAAAAAGAAAACACGAUUUUUAUCGACAAACUGGCGAUGAUGUAAUAUCAUUUUUCGAAGAAGGUCUUAUUAAGCCAAAACCUUCAUUGGUUACUGGUUUUUACAAAGUAAACGAAGCGAAAAAAUUCAUUUAUGACAUGAAAGCUUGUGGAAAAGUUGUUAUUGAUAUGAAAAAUAAAGAAGCAGAAAACAUGCAAGCGAGAUAA